AUGGCCCACGCCGCCAUGAUCGCGCGACGACAGCUCGUCUCGAGCACCCGAGCUCCCACCACCAGCAUUGUUGGCCUCCUCCAGCAGCAGCAGCGAGGCUAUGCGACGCCUCACGGUCCUCCUCCCGCCAACUUCCGAACGAGCAAGCGUGUGCAGUGGACAUGGGACAAGGAGAGCACCCUGGACCGCAUGGGAAAGUUUUUCCUUAUGACGGAGAUGGCGAGGGGCAUGUAUGUUCUGCUUGAGCAGUUCUUCCGACCACCUUACACUAUCUACUACCCCUUCGAGAAGGGCCCUAUCUCUCCUCGAUUCCGUGGCGAGCACGCCCUCCGACGAUACCCCUCUGGCGAAGAGCGAUGCAUUGCUUGCAAGCUUUGCGAGGCUAUCUGCCCCGCCCAGGCCAUCACCAUUGAGGCCGAGGAGCGAGCCGAUGGAUCCCGCCGAACUACCAAGUACGAUAUCGACAUGACCAAGUGCAUUUACUGCGGUUUCUGCCAGGAGUCCUGCCCCGUCGACGCCAUCGUCGAGUCCCCCAACGCCGAGUACGCUACCGAGACCCGAGAGGAGCUUCUAUACAACAAGGAGAAACUUCUGUCCAACGGAGACAAGUGGGAGCCUGAGCUUGCGGCCGUCAUCCGCGCCGACUCGCCAUACCGAUAA